AGUCAAGCUGGCCACAAACGUUUUAGAAAACAACAUUUUUAACAGUUAUGGAUCCGUCUGAGGUGGAGUUCCUCGCAGAGAAAGAAAUGGUGAAGAUUAUACCAAACUUCAGCCUUGAUAAGAUCUACUUAAUCGGGGGUGACCUGGGUCCUUUUAACCCUGGACUCCCUGUGGAUGUCCCUGUGUGGCUUGCUCUUAACCUUAAACAGAGACAGAAAUGCAGAGUGAUCCCUCCUGAGUGGAUGGAUGUUGAGAAACUGGAAGAGAUGCGAGAGCUUGAGAGAAAAGAAGAGGCCUUCACUCCGGUCCCCAGUCCGUACUACAUGGAGCUGACAAAGCUGCUGCUGAACCAUGCAUCUGACAACAUUCCCAAAGCUGAUGAGAUUCGAACGCUGGUCAAAGACAUCUGGGACACUCGCAUCGCCAAACUGCGCCUGUCUGCUGACAGCUUCAUCAGCCAGCAGGAGGCUCAUGCCAAGCUGGAUAACCUGACUCUGAUGGAGAUCAACACCAUACGAGCUUUCUUUCUGGAUUCCCUCAACUGCAUGUACAAGCUCCGCUCCAACCUGCAGCCCGGCUCCGCCACGGGACAGUUCACAGACUUUUAAUCCCCGAGGCCCAAGAACAAAACGUGGGAAGGACUGAAGUUCCACCUUUCUGGAAAUUACCUGACUCUGUACAUAUUUAAAAGCCUGUGAGCUGUUUGUGAUGAGUGCAUAUUUAAAUGAUUUGAAGGUAGUGUGUGUUUUUGUUUCAUUAAAUGAUAAAUAAUUUUAUGUCUGUGAUAUACAUGUAAUUUUUUUAUAACAGUGUUUUCUGAUUUAU